AUGCGUUUUCUUCCACUUCUAGGCGGCUUAUUGCCCCUGCUCGGCCUCGUUGGUGCCGCUCCAAGCUGCAACCAUGAGUGCAACCGCGCUUGUUGGACAUCCCGGUUCAACGUCAACACAGACUACGAGAACGAAUGGCCUGUCACCUGGGUUACACGGAAGUUUCCCACAUGCUCACACGAGACACCACAGUUCGACUUUCAAAUCACCGAAGUGGAUGAAUGGGUUGGCCCAGAUGGUCACAUCAAGAAGGGAGCCAUGCUCAUCAAUGGCGGUUACCCAGGGCCAUUGAUCAAGGCCGACUGGGGCGACAGGAUCGAGGUCACAGUCACAAACAGGCUCAAGACGAACGGUACUUCUAUGCACUGGCAUGGUUUCCAUCAACUGAACAGCAACAACCAAGAUGGCGUGGCCGGCGUGACGGAGUGUCCCAUCGCUCCUGGUACCAGCAAAGUCUACUCGUUCCUGGCAACUCAGCAUGGAACUUCUUGGUACCACUCGCACAUCUCCUCGCAAUACGCCAACGGCAUCGUUGGUCCAAUCCAGAUCAACGGCCCUUCCUCCUACCCGUACGAUACCGACCUCGGCGUCUUCCCCAUCAGCGACUGGUACUAUGACUCCGCCGAGCACAUCGUUGAUCGGAUGAUGGACCCCAACGAUCCCUUCCUCAAGGGUGUUCCUGGCUCUCCUCCGCCAAGUAACAACAUCCUUUUCAACGGGAUGAACAUUGCGCCCAACGGCACUGGAGGCGAAUAUGCGAGAUUGAAGUUCACAAAGAACAAGCGCCAUCGUCUCAGGCUAGUCAACACCUCAGCCGAUAACACCUUUGUCGUGUCCAUCGUCGGUCACAACAUGACGGUCAUUGAGACUGACUUUGUCCCCGUAGAGCCGUACCCGGUUCACCAGCUUUACCUCACCGUUGGCCAACGCUACGAUGUCGUAAUCAAGGCCGACCAAGAGGUGGACAACUACUGGAUCAACGCAACCCUAUCUUCGACCCCCCUAUGCGGCGUAUCGCUCAACCCUUAUCCCGCAGCCAUAGUCUCGUACGAAGGCGCCGAUGAGUCCAGGCUUCCCACUAAUCACGGUCUACCUGCAAUCGAUCAGUUCUGUGAGGAUGACGUCUCUUCCAAGCCCCUGACAUCGAGGACAGCGCCAAAGGCCGACUUUUCCGACACCAAGGUGGAUACUCUGUCCGUCACACUGGACGUGAAGGAGGUGAACAAGGGUAUCUCCAAGGUACUUUGGUCAGUUGAUGGCUCGGCCAUUGAUGUCCAAUGGGAUAAGCCGACGUUGGAGUAUGUCGUCGAGGGCAACUUUACGUUUCCGAGACAAGCAAACAUUAUCCAGCUGCCCGAAGCUGUCAAGUGGUCCUUCUGGGUGAUCCAAAACAACUCUCCCUCGCCGCAUCCCAUGCAUCUCCACGGCCACGACUUCCUCAUCCUCGGCCGCUCCCGCUUCCCCGCGAACCCCCUCGUCGACCCAGGCCACCCCAUCCUCUUCGACCCCGUCAUCGACGGUCCCCAUCUCAACUUCGACAACCCCACACGGCGCGAUACCACGGUUGUCCCGUCUUUCGGAUGGCUCAUUAUUGCCUUUGAAGCCGGUCGUAACCCUGGUUCGUGGGUGUUCCAUUGCCAUAUCCCGUGGCAUAUGAGCCAGGGACUCAGCGUCCAGUUUUUGGAGAGGGUCGAUCGGAUUAAUGAUGGGGCGAUACCGAAUUUGAUGCCGGAUUUGCGGGACAGGUGUGAUGAGUGGAGGAAGUAUGCGGAUAAUGAUCCGGAGUUUAGGAUGAAGAAGGUUGAUUCGGGGAUUUGA